CUGACAAACCCACUGAUGCAGAUUCAUUUAGAUUGAUAUGCAUACAGACCCAGAAAUAGUGACAGUGUGGAUUCAGGACUGGCUUUAAUUUUAUUUAGCACAUGCAAUUGUCUUAGAGUGACGCCACUUACGUUUUUCUCCUGGUUUUGACGUAUUUUCAUUUAAGACUGAAAUGUAUCCAUUCUACCUGUUUCUCCUGUUUGCCACAGUACCAGCGCAGACCAAGUUCAUGCCAGGCUCCUGUAACUUUGAAUCCAGCACCUGCGAAUACACGUCAGAUGCAGGCUUUAUGAGCUGGAUGCUCAACAAAGAAGAGUCCUUCAUCUCAGUGGGCCCCGGCCUAGAGGACCUGGAUGGAUAUGAGGCCAGGCCUGAAUGGGAGGGCAAAGCGGUGCUGCUGGGCCCAGCCUUGGCACAAGAAGAUUGGAGCUGCUUGAGGCUGGUGUACCAACUCUCAGGUUCAAGCGCUCUACAGGUCCAGCAGCGAUGGGAGGGAGAUAGCUUUGACCGGGCCCUGUGGAACACCCAGACCACUUCUGACAGCUGGCUCGUUUCCAACAUUGACCUCAAGAACAGCACUGAUCCAUACAGGAUUGUCAUUGAAGGCAAACUAAGUGAGCUCCCAGGCAGUAAUGUGGCCAUCUCCGAGAUACUUAUUAGCCCUGGAUACUGCUUAGAGUGUGACUUCGAGGACUCCCACAUGUGUGGAUACAGUAACCAGAGGAACACUAAUGUCAACUGGUACCGAGGAGGAGGGUCUGCCCGGGACCCUCACAGAAACCUACCUGAUGACCACACGGAGGGCAACGGAAAAGGCCACUACAUGUUUGUGGAUUCGGUGUACGCCAAGACGUUCCAUGACGUAGCCAAACUGGUUACUCCGGUUACAACAGUGCCCAUGUCGGGCUGCCUGAGCUUCCAGUACCAACGGGGUGAGGAGAGAGGGAAUCUAUUCUCCGUCUACACCCGGGACCAGGCGGGUCAAUACCAGGAACUCUGGAAAGCGGACCCAGGGAACCAGAACCUCAAUGACUGGGCUGCUGCCGCUGCCGAGUGGAUACCUGUACAGGUGGACUUCAAGGCCCCCUACCCUCUGCAGGUGGUGUUUGAAGUGGGAUUUAACAGCCCUAGAGGGGGCUAUGUGGCACUCGAUGACAUCUCCUUCUCUCCUGAGUUUUGUAGUGAGGAGACAGAGCCGACCUUUGACACCUCUAUAGCCAACUGUGACUUUGAGGUGGGUUUCUGCCGCUACACCCAGGAUCACAUAGGAUUCCCGUGGAAGAGAGUGUCAGUCAAACCCAACAUCGACAGGACUGGCGACCACACCACAGGGGCAGGGUCCUUCCUCCUGGCCCACUCCUGGCUGAGUCGAAGCUCAGGCUAUAUUAGUCGCCUGCUAGGGCCUCUUUUGCCAAGCAACAUGAAGUACUGUCUGAGGUUCCACUACUCACUCCGGGGAUUCACCCAGACAGAACAGGCUCUCAUUGUUUACCUUCAGGAUCAGAGUGGAAUCACAAAGGAGAAGUUAUGGACCCAAAAUGAUAAGUCCAGAGGAGUCUGGAUAGCAACAGAAAUUAACUUCCAGAGUCCACAGACUAGCAGGGUGGUGUUUGUCAGCACUUGUAUAAACUUCUGGGACUGUGGGUCAGUUGCUCUGGAUGACAUCAGCAUGACCCUUGGGUACUGUGAUUUUACACCAGGUGCUCCACUCACUGUCCCUGGGCACUGUGAUUUUGAGGCGGGUCGCUGUGGGUACAUUCAGGACAAGGAAGGUGACCAGGCGGACUGGGUAAUGAUGAGAGGGCCAACCCCAACCUCUUACACUGGCCCGAUGGGAGAUCACACCACAGGGCUCGGGUACUACAUGCACAUUGAGGCAUCUAACAUGCUGCCUGGUCAGAAUGCCCGGUUACUCUCCAGUCCUCUGAGGGGGUCCAGGGGUCCUCUGUGUCUGCAUUUCUUCUACCACAUGUACGGCUCCAGUACAGGCAAUCUUAGCGUCUAUCUGAGAAAGAAUGGAGAGGAUGUGUUGCUAUGGAAACGGACUGGCGAGCAGAGCGUUACCUGGUUGAGAGCCACCGUGGAAUACCAAAGCGAUCAACAGCAUCAGAUUGUUUUUGAGGCCAUCAGAGGUUCCUCCAUAAGGAGUGACAUAGCCCUCGAUGACAUUGUGUUUGAAGGUGGGCCGUGCCCAGACAUUGAAGUGAGAAAAACGACCCAUUCCCCUGGCAACUCAAAUGACAUUGAGUGAAGAAACAGAGGACAGGAAGUGUGCUGGAUAGGAUGAAUGCAUACUUCUAGCAUUACUUUGUUGCACACGUCGACAGAACAUUUGCACAUAUUUUCAUAUGUCAUUUUCAGUUGCACUCAAUUAUUUUGCAUAUGAAGACUGUACAUCUAUCUAUUCAUCAAUCCUAUAAAAUGAGAUUCCUUUCUAAAAUAUCUUUAUAUACUUUUAUCAUUUAGCAAUCUUAUCCAGAGCUAGUUACAGUUCAUUGAUCUUACAGUUUUUCUCAGUUUUUCGCUUUGGCUAAUUUUUCGAAAAAGUCUUAGCAUUCUCUGAACUGUAAGUGCAAUCAUCACAACUGUUUCAUGGGACAUCACAACUCUAAAACUAUAAGAUAGUUUGAUCAGACAGCCAAAUAUCACACAAAAAAAUAUUGCAUAUGUACUAAAAUGUCUAUAGCAUCUUUUUUUAAAGAUCUGUAGAAAUAUGUUUUAGAAAUAAGUUCUUCACAUAAAUAGACAUAUUGUGAAAAGGAGUAUGCAAAGUUGCAAUUUUUUGUAAAAGAGAUUCUGUAUUUACAACCUACCAAUUUAUCACAUCACUGUACACACUGCAUUACUUUUAUUCCAUACAGUACCAUGGAGGGCACUUUGAACAAGCCGAUCGGGAUGAGGGUCUGGUUUGAAGCUCAAACCAUGGUACUACGUGCUUGAGCUAAAUGCACUCCACUGUUAAAUGUUUUGCUGAUGCAACACAGAGUCUGACUUCCAAAGAGUUGUGAGGAGAUCAAUAAAUUAAUUAACUUUGAGGCAUACUUGUGACUUAAAUUAUGCUAUUCAUGUUCAACUUGUAACUAAUAAACAGGCUUUAAAUUGAAAUGAAUAAAUCCAUCCACUCUUUAAAGAAAUAAA